AGGGGCUCUGCCCGGAUCCAUCAGCCGCGGUCGCUGCUGCUCCUGCGUGGCUGUGACAGGGAAGGAGCUGCUGACUGACUGUCCCAUGGGAAUGUGAGAGUUCCACGCUCCAAAACAUCCACCGACGCCGCGCUCGCGUGCACCAAGACUUUGACAACCCCCAGUCUCUCAUGGAAGCGGAUGGGUUUGUGAGAAGGCGUCGGAUGACAGCGGAGACUACAGGCAAUGAUCCCGGGGUUGCUGGUGCAUCUGCCGGGGCAGAAGUUCGAUGGCUUGGUGGCAGAUUCUGGGGAGUCUCGGAAAGUAUAGUUGGAAGCCUGUCUCCUCGGAUCGGAAGCGAGGCCGAGCUGCAGAGUGUUGAGUUCACUUCUGCUGCUGCUGCUCAAGAUUGCAUCGAUGAACCGGACUAUGAGGGUUUGCCACAGGGAGCCUCCACCAGCACCCACAUGUUGGCCGGAGCCGUGGCCGGGAUUAUGGAGCACUGCAUCAUGUUCCCAGUCGACUGUGUCAAGACGAGAAUGCAGAGCCUCCAACCCGACCCGGCCGCCCGCUACCGCAAUGUGAUGGACGCCCUCCGACGAAUCGUGGCCACUGAAGGAGUCAUGCGUCCAAUGAGAGGGCUGAACGCGACUGCUCUUGGUGCCGGACCCGCCCACGCCCUCUAUUUCGCCAGCUACGAGAAACUUAAAAAGACUCUAAGUGAUGUCAUCCACCCUGGAGCUAACAGCCAUUUGGCUAAUGGAGCAGCCGGGUGCGUGGCCACGCUUCUUCACGACGCCGUCAUGAAUCCAGCUGAAGUCGUGAAGCAACGCAUGCAGAUGUAUAACUCGCCGUACCGCGGCGUGUUGGACUGUGUUCGUGCCGUGUGGCACAAAGAAGGCACCGCAGCGUUCUACCGCAGCUACACCACGCAGCUGACCAUGAACGUGCCCUUCCAAGCGCUUCACUUCAUGACCUACGAGUAUCUCCAAGAGCUGCUCAACCCCCACAGACAGUACAAUCCCUCGUCGCACAUGUUGUCCGGAGCUCUGGCCGGGGCUAUCGCCGCCGCGGCCACAACGCCACUAGACGUGUGCAAGACCCUGCUCAACACCCAGGAGUCUCUAGCGCUCAGCUCCGUGGCAUCUGGUCAAGGGGCCCACAGACAUAUCACAGGCCUCGCCCAUGCCUUUCGGACGGUGUACAGGCUGGGCGGCCUGCAGGGCUUCUUCAAAGGAGUUCAGGCGAGGAUCAUCUAUCAGAUGCCCUCCACGGCCAUCAGCUGGUCCGUGUACGAGUUCUUCAAAUAUGGACUCACCAAGCACCAGCACGACAAGAGGAGAUCACAGCAGAUGGAAGCAGAGAUGUAGGCGCUGCUUCAGAGGGAGUUGAAGUCAUACUCACUUAAAACCGGACAGAAAAUCCAUCUCCGCUUCCUCGUCCAGUCCAGUCCAGUCCAGUCAGUAGAAGCUCAUGUACUUUCUGUUUGAGUUCUCAAGUUGCUGCUGGUACGUUUCAGUCUAAGAUUGGUUUGAUUCACGUGGUUACAUUGGUCACUCAGUAUUAGAUUCAUUUUAGCUCAAAGAGAAGGUCCCACUUGCAGCGAGUUGCCAGCAGGGGGCGCUACUGUUACUCCGUGUUUUAAAAGUUUUGACCUCGGGUCGGGAAUGAUCUGUCUGUGCACCGGCCUGUGAUACCUUAAAAGUGAUCUCCAAAUAGUGCAGAUCUGUCCAGCUUCAUUGGAGGCAUCAAUUAUGAUAAAACUCGUGAAUCUGAUGUUACUUUUUUUCUCUGUUGAGUCGGACACCAUCAUGAGUAUUGAUCUGUUUGAGUUAUGAUUUAUGAGAAGCUAAAAUGACGGAAUAGGAUCUAUAUUGAGAAUCAAUGUGCUCAGCUCUAAGCUAGCCCAAAUAUGUAUAUUUAGAAUUAUUUAAAUUCAUUUUUCAAUUUUUUCCCCUUCCUGCAAUUGUUUUGGCUUCAGUUUGGUUCUCAUGUCUUCUUUUUUUUGCCCCUAUCACUCAGCUGAACACCACUGUUGCCUUGUUUGCAGUAGAGCAGAAAAAGCGGGGCAACAUUCAUAGAAGCCAUCAAGUCUAAUGUUCUCUUCCAUCCUGCCAAAAAGAGGUUUGGAGUCCGAUGAAUGAGUUCAGUUUCGGGAAAGGUCAAAAUGAAUGUGCGCCUGUCGUAUGAGUUCAUAAAACUGGAGGCUGUUUUUGAAGGGGACUGAUUUGUUUCCUACAUUGAAUUGCACUCAUUGAAUAAAAUCUGAGCAACAAUGGCCGCUGCUCUUACAGACCCCAGUUAUUUUACUUUAUUUUUUUUUAAACAUUUACAUUGCGUUAUAUUGUGUUGAUGUAGAUCAGCUUGUGGAUUCUUGUUGAUGGUGCAUCAACGAUGCAGCACUGACUG